AUGAUCUAUCGACAGCGGCUAAUAAGUGUUCUUGCUGCGAUAUCAAUUAUUGGCCUUUGGGUCUUCUUCUCUUCCCAGAACCUUUCAUAUACGACAUACAAUGACAUUGGCGAGACAGCCGAAACUGGCAAAGAAAACGCGAAACCGGUUCUUAAGGACACUCAACUAAGACUACCGUCGUCGAUUAUGCCGUCUAUGCCAGAUCAACAGGCAAAGGAAGCGCUUGGAAGAGCCUCAUGGAAAUACUUUCACACGGUUCUAGCACGGUUUCCCGAUGAGCCAACUACAGCAGAACGAGAGAAACUGGAUCAAUUCUUAAGGCUUUACGCAGAGUUGUAUCCGUGCGGCGAGUGUUCUCAGCAUUUUGUUAAAAUGCUGGCGAAAUGGCCACCCCAGACGUCUAGCAGGACGGCAGCAGCGCUUUGGGGGUGCCAUAUGCACAAUCGUGUAAAUGAGCAUCUAGGGAAGGACGAAUAUGACUGUUCGAACGUCUUAGAAGGCUACGACUGCGGGUGUGGGGGUGAAGACGGCAAGAUCAGGCCUGAUCUGCAACUCAACAAGGUUUCUUUGCAAAAGGAGGCGAAACAAGGCGGUUGA